CUCUCACACACACACACGUCAUCCCUGAGGCGACUUCUCUCCCCCCUCUUUGGCAAAACCUCAGAUCGGAGGAACUGAAAAUUCGAAAAACCCUAAAUCGAAAGAUGAUGAAACCUGCCCGUUUCGCGAUUCGAUCCGCUUCCCGUCAACCAUGGCGUCCUUUCGUGCCUAGAAGCUUCGCAACCAAUGCUAACGAAGAUCGAUCUUCGCUGGACGAUUGGAUGUUCGGCGGAAACUCCGGCAACGAUGAGAAAAGCAGUAGCUUCUUCCAGCAUCUCGGCAAGGCGGAGAAAGACAAGCGCGAGUAUACAGGCUUGGGCAGAUCGUACGGAAACGGUUCGAGAGGCUCCGUGAACAGAGACGAGACCUUCGAUCCUUCGUCCGAUGGUGUCGAUGGUAAAUUGAAGGAAGCUGCGUUGAUUUACAACAUUGAUGAUGACGAAGGAGGAGGAGGAGGAGCGAAGGAUGGUUACUCGUUUAGGCCUGACGUCAACAGCUGGGGAGCUAAUCGCUUCCCUAGGGAUUUAGGUUAUAGAAAGCAGAUGCAAAGACCUAGACAGAAUAACAAGGCGGAGAUAACCACCGAGGAAGUUCUGAAGAAAGCUGACUUCAGGAAUGUUCGAUUCCUUGCGCAGUUCAUCACCGAAGCUGGGAUCCUCGUUAAGAGAAAGCAGACUGGCAUCAGCGCCAAGGCGCAAAGGAAAAUUGCUAGAGAGAUCAAGACGGCUCGUGCUUUUGGGCUGAUGCCCUUCACGACAAUGGGUACAAAGGCAUUCACAUUUGGGAAAACCAUGGAGAACAGAGACCAAGAUUUCGAGUAUGAAGUGGUUGACGAUGAUGAUGAGUAUGACAACCCAGCAGAGUGAGAUAUCAUCCAAUCUCUUCUGCCUUUUAAAUCUUUGGCCUAAGUCUAGUGCUGGCUAGUUUUCAUUUCUGAGGUUUUGGUCUAUCAAGAUUUGAAAUAAUAGGAUGUUACCAAAAGUGGAGGAUACGUCACUUGACUUCCUCAUAUACCAAGGGAUUAGGAUUUGUAUUUUAUUUUCUCUUGUUGUGUUACUUUUGAAGAUCAGAGUAAGACUGAUUUAUUUAUAAUUGCCUCUCCAUUCAAACAG